UCCUUCCUCCUCCUCUGUUGCCACGGCGACCGCAGCUUCACCCGUGGCCUCGUCUUCGUCGGCUGCGACACACGGCAGCACCACGACCUCCACCAAGAUGUCCAGCGGCCUGACCAAUGGGAACACCCGGGGGGGGCCCACCUCCCCGCCCAUCACGCCGUUCCACACCCCGGCCAGCCCACCUGGCCGCCAGGCGCAACAGCCUCACCCUGUGGGCACACCUGGUCUGGCACGAGCCAAUCAGAGCGCCUCACCUGUCAGGCAGAGGGUUACCCAGCAGACUUUGCUCCUGGGGAAAGGCCUCAAAGGGUCGGGGCAGGACCAGGUGCUGCUGAGAGCUCAGAUGCUCAUUCUUACGUCUGCUAUGCGACCUGCACAGCCGCCCUCUUCCUCCUCCUCUUCCUCCUCCGUCCUCUCCUCUAACCCCGCCUCCGCCCAGCUGCAGAGCCUCACCUUGAGGCCUCCUCCCCCCGGGACCCUCACCAUCCCCCCGUCCCUGCGGCUGAAGCCUCCCUCCUCGGCGCCGCCGCCCCUCUCUCGGCCCAGCGCCCCCGUCUUCCCUCCGCUCAGGCCGCGACCGCAGCCCAGCGCCACGGCAACCGAGAGCCCGACCGCGCCCGGCCGCCAUCUUUCCGUUCCGCCUCCAACUCUCUACUCUCCCGUCCGGGCCGUCCCUCUUCGACCCAGGCUUCUCUCUCCCAGCAGUCACAGAGCAACAACCCCUCGACAAUCCCUCCAACCCAUCGCUGCGGCUCCCUCCAGCCAGGCCACAUCUGUCAGUAAGCAGCUGACUGGGCUAAAGAGCUCUCCGUUAACUCAAACCGUUCUGGGUCCAAGCCCGUCCCAACACAGCCCGUUAUCUUCUUCCAACCACUUUGAGCGCUCACCGUCUGCAGCGAGGCAGCUGCAGAUGAUCGCCCUUUCCUCCAGUCAGCAGCCACAGGCGGGAACGUAUCCCCACCCUGCGGUCCAGUCCAAGCCCGCCGAGCUGCCUGAGCGUUCCAGCCAAUCAAAGAAGACUGCAAACAAGGACGACUUGAAUCCUCUUCCUUUGAAUGCCUCUGCUUUACCUUCUGCUCAUUCUCACACACAAACUUUGACCAAGAAGAGAGAGCAGAAGGAGAGUGACGAUCAAGGACCCAUAAGCCGAGGAGUGAGACCAGGAAUCAGAGAGGAACGGAGCGCCGGUAAAGACCUCCAGGCAGAGAAAAAUGUCCAAACGGAGACGAUAAAGCAGGAGAAGCUCACUGAUACGGAGCAGGAACCCGAACCGGAUCAGAUGGAGGUAAAGGAAGAAGACCAGAGAGACAGAGAGAGGAGACAAACAGGAAAGAAAAGGAAACAUGAGGAGGUGGAGGACGAAGGAGGAGAUACUCCCAUGGAUACAUCAGACCGCCAGACCGACCAGAACACAGAACCGGCUCCACAUCCAGACAUCGUCAAAGACUCAAGCAAGGAAUCAAAACCCAAACUGGAUCUCACUCCAGCACCAGUAAAAACUCCAUUAAAAGCAACAGUUUCAGUCCAGAAUCCAGUAACAGAAUCCGUUCCAGGUGAAAAACCAGUAACAGGUCCAGUUCCCGUUAAGGUUCCGGUAACAGGUCCAGUUCCCGUUAAACCACCAGUAACAGGUCCAGUUCCUGUUAAAUCACCAGUAACAGGUCCAGUUCCUGUUAAAUCACCAGUAACAGGUCCAGUUCCUGUUAAAACUCCUGUAAAAGGACUGGCUUCCACUAAAACACUGGUAACAGGACCAGUUUCAGUCCAAACACCAGUAACAGGACUAGCGCCAAAUAAUACCCCAGUAAAAGGACCAGCUUCAACCCAAACUUCAGUAACAGAACCAGUAACACCAGUACCAGGACCAGCUGCUGUUAAAACGUCAGUAAAAGGACAAGUUUCGACUAAAACCCAAGUGACUGGACCACUUUCAGUCCAAACUCCAGUAACUGGACCAGUUCCAGUCAAAACACCGGCAAUGGGACCAGCUUCAACCAAAACCCAAGUAACAGGACCAGUUUCAGCCCAAACUCCAGUAACUGGACCAGUCCCAGUUAAAGCUCCUGCAGCAGAACUGAUUUCAACCCAAACACCAGUAACAGAGCUAGUUCUGACCUGUAAACCAGUAACAGGACCAGUUCCAGUUAAAUGUCCUGUAACAGAACUAGUUCUGACCCAUAAACCAGGUAUCGGACCAGUCCCAGUUAAAGCUCCUGCAACAGGACUAGUUUCAACCCAAACACCAGUAACAGAACUGGUUCUGACCCAUAAACCAGUAUCAGGAACUGUUCCAGUUAAAUCUCCAGUAACAGAACUAGUUUCAACCCAAACGCCAAUGAAAGGAUUAGUUCUGACCCAUAAACCAGUAACAGGACCAGUUCUGGCCCAAUCACCAGCAACAGGACCGGUUCCUGAGGUCCAAAGCCAGCGGCUGCCAGAACUUCAACGGGACCAUCAGUCCAACCAGGAGGACUUCUGUGAGAACAUGUCGACCCAGUCCGACAAUCAGUCAGCGUUGUCCAGCCUCUCCUCCCAGUCUCCUCCUUCCUCCCCCUUCAUCGCCUCCUCAUCAGAGAACCCUCCCCCCCUGCUCCCCGCCCAGGCCGCCCACCCCACCGAUCUCAGCCUCCCGCCGCAGCACGAGGCGGCGAAGGCCGACAAAACGCCAUCAGAUUCCCAUCAUGCAACAGAAGCCGAGACUGAACCCAUCUACCAAUCAGACAAUGAGUCUGAGAGCUUCAGCCAAUCACUGGGCGCCCCCUGGGAGAUGAAGGCGUGGCCUGAGGGGCGACAGGUUCUGACUCACCUGGUGGAGGGAUUCGUCAUCCAGGAGGGUCUCCAACCGUUUCCUGUGAACCGCUCCUCCCUGCUGGUUCCGGAGCAGGUGCCCAAACCCCAGGAAGUGAACGGGACCAAUGGGAGGCCGGCGCUGCCUGCAUCAGAACCCGUGAAGCCGACAGAACCGUCCACAGACUCAGAGGAAGAGGACGGCGGAGACACCGGCGACCUGGGGAACAAGUCGGGCCACAAAGACCGGACGGUGCUGCACUGUCAGUUCUGCGGGAAGCGAGGCCACGCGCACAACUUCAUGCGCUCCAAACGGUUCUGCUCCACUUCCUGCGCGCGCGGUUUCAACGUCCGGCUGACGAAGCGCUUAAGGGCCCUGAGCGCUGGCAGCCGGUCCGAGAGGCCCCGACCGGCCCUGAACCGGGCCGAGUCGGUACCGGGGAAACCUCUGCUGCUGCGCCUGCCCCGGGACCUUUGGAGCGCCGGGCGCCGCGAGAAAGACGGGAAGGAGAAGCCGGCGGCGGCGGAGCAGAAGGCCGAGGAGGAAGACGACGACAUGGGGGCGUCCCCGCAUGGCUUUGGAGAGGCGGAGGACGACGACGACGACGGAGGAGAGGAGGAUCCUGCUGUUGCCAUGGCAGCCAGGAUGGAGCGGCGGGCGGCACGGCGCGCGCGCAGGGCGUCGGCGCCGGCCGUCACGGCCUCGACGCCGACCACCACGUUCCGGCCCGCCCCGGCCCAGUGGAGCGUGGAGGAGGUGACGGCCUUCAUCCACACGCUGCCGGGCUGCGGCGACGUGGCCGAGGCCUUCAGGCUGCAGGAGAUCGACGGCCAGGCGCUGCUGCUGCUGACCGAGGAUCACCUGAUGACCAGCAUGAACAUCAAACUGGGCCCGGCCCUCAAGAUCUGCGCUCACAUCAACGCCCUGAAGAACCAGUGAGAGGACGAGGCGGCGAACCCAGAGGAGGACGCAGAGGGGGCGGCGCUCAGGAGGCAAUAAAGACGAGAAAUCUGGAAACUUCGGGGUUCGUGUGUUUUCAAAGGACCGAAGCUGACACCAAGGAUGACAGAACAAAGUCACAAAAAGAGGAAAUUGUUGGUAAUUUAUAAUUUAUGAUGUUGUGAUGGAGGUGUGGCCUUAGCGGACCGGACCGGAGCAGAACCUCGUCUGUGUAGCAGGAAACCACGAGGAGUUUUGUACCUUUCUGUAUAUUUUACAAGCCACUGGAGUGUACAUUUCAAGCUAUUUCAUGAAGGAUUUUCAACAUUUAAUAUAUGAAAUUUGUCUAUUUAGUUUUUUUAGAGCGUGACGUCAAUGACAAAUCUAUCCCUGUAGCUAACAUAACCAGUGUGUGUGUGUGUGUGUGUGUGCGCGUGUGUGUGUGUGUGUGUGUGUGACUGAGUGUGUGUGUUAAAGGAAGAAGACGACAAUAAUCUGUAGAGUUUGUAAGUCAUUCAUCAAAGUUUAAUGUUUUCUAUCAACAAGUUCUGGACAGAAACUCGUCUUGGUUCGAAGCGUCGCCAUCAGGGUAGCGAGCAGCGUCUUCAGUCGUCACAUUUUUAUGAUAUCCUGCUUGAAAUUAUUUAAUAAAUGAACAAUUAACCAAA